AUGCAUUUCCCCUUCCUUGCCGUUAUCGUUGCUCUAACAGCGGCAUGUACGGCUGUCAGUGCACAGUGCGACCAAUCGAACCAACCUUGCCAAGUUGACGGGGACUGUUGUACUCCCAUGAAAUGUUUGCCGCCGCCUGUACAUGUCUUUAUGCGGGCUUCCUAUAAUGAAGUAGCGGCCAGAGUAACACGUCCCGACACACAUAGCUCGAGGCUAGGAGAAGAUACCAUUCGAUUUACAGUUGCAACAAAUAUCGACGGACACAUAAUUGCAUACGAACUGCUCGAGGGUAUCCUGUUAAAUGUGGCUGGUGCAGAGAUAGUUAGAGCGUCUGCGAAGAUGUGCCGCAAUAGCCAUGGGGUGAACCACCCUUUUGACGAAAAGACCAUAAAUAUUCGCAAAUCAGAAAAAGUAUCAUGA